AUGGCUGCAACAUUUUAUGCAGUGGUGCUUUGCGUUCUAGCCAAUAUUCUUGUGCGGUGGUGUGUAUCUUUAAGCACCUAUUCAGGUACCUUGAAAUUGAAGUUCUCUUCUGCGAUCUCGUGGAGAUAAUGUUUUGAAAUUUACACGCGCGCUUGCUUUUGCUGAAUUUGUUUCUCAGGAAAGGGAAAACCCCCAAUGUUUGGAGAUUAUGAAGCACAGCGACACUGGAUGGAAAUAACAUACAAUCUUCCGUUUGAUGAGUGGUAAUCCUGUGUUAUUAAGUGCCUUUUAUCGGUUACAUGUACAUGUAGCCAUUGGUGAGAGUGAUGUGUCUGAUCAGCAGGUCGUAAAGUCAUGUCGACGAAAAUCGUGAUUUCUCUCUGAGAAAAUUACAUUUGAUCGAUUACUUUGAUCAUCCGGAUAAGAAUGGUACUGAGAACAGCUGCUGCAAGGAAAAAUAUUCUGGAUGCUUGUGUUUGGUUUUGGCGGAAGAAGGAAAAUCGUUAUAAAUUUAAAGAAGACCUUGAACCCUCGAAACUUCCAAGUUCUAUCGAGGAAAGCUAAAGAGGAUGGCCUCUAAGUAUUGGCCACGUGAAAAGACAAUGCGAUUAAGGAUCAUGUAUUGUUCAGACCUUCGAAGACUUAUUCGUGAUAGUUGGAAACCUAUUUACCCACAAUAUCUCUCCCAAGAACUGAUGGGUGAUUCCCCUGACUGCGGACCUUACAUUUGUUGAUGACUAUUUUUAAGACUUGAAUGUCAGGGUGGAGAAUAAUUUUUAUAAUUUCAUUACAUGCCCUGUUAUGAGUGGAUUAAAAUUAUAAAGAUUAUUUUUUUCUUCUUGUACUUAUCAGUACUGAGUAUCAGAGAGUUGAUGAGUUGUCAAUGAUUGCAAUCUAACUUUAUAAAAAAUAUCAAUAUUUUUUGGAAGGUACACAAACACAACCAAUAAUGACUUAAUGUAUUGGGGCUUGGAUUACCCUCCACUCACUGCAUACCACAGCUGGGUUUGUGGCUUCAUGUGAGUACUUCAAUUAAAAAUAAUUCUAGAAUUUUUGUCUCAGACAGCAAUGACCCUUUCACUCCCAUGAUUUACAUUUAAAUUCUCCACUCCCUCUGCCUUUUACUUUUUUCAAUGAGGGGAGAGAUUCAUUUUUGAUCACUCCCAAGAUUGAGAAGGUUAACCCUCAGAACAUGGUGCUUAACUGCAGGUUUAACAUAACUGUAGUAAGAGAUUCUGUUGGUUCCAGGACGUAAUGUUUGUAGAGCUCUUAAGAAAUUCACACACAUUAGUACCUAAUUCCAAACACUGACACUAUCAUAAUGAUAUUUUCUUUAUAUUGCAGAGCUAACAAGAUAAAUCCAAACUGGGUUGCACUCAACAAGUCCAGGGGACAUGAAAGUCACACGCAUAAACUGUUUAUGAGGCAUACAGGUGAACUGAUUUAUAGAAUCAUACUGAGUCUUGUAAUUUGAUUUUUACAAUUAUAAGUGCAACUGCUGAGUAGGAAAUUUAAGUCAAGUUUAUCUCAUAUUUAACUUGCUGUUUUGAUUUUUUCAGUUGUUAUAGCAGAUAUAUUGGUGUAUAUUCCAGCAGUCUUAGUUUUUGCUUUUGUUUGCUUGAGAAGGAAACCAGCCAUCAACAAGGUAAUGACAGCAUUUGGUAUCUAAGACAAGCAGGGUGAUGUGCAGGCCUCUUCAUUGCAAAGUUACAUUCGGAGUGUGAACUUGUGCAUAAAGAUUAGCGUAGAGGGAGUAAAGGAUAGAUUCCUCUGUGGAUUCUGAGCCCCUUAAAAUGUACCAUAGUCUCAAACAUUUUGUAUUAAAGCUUCCUAACAAUUCACUGUCUUCCAAGGCUAUCAUCUAAAUGUUAGUUAAUUUUUGAUCAUAAUGAUAUCUUCGUCAAAGAUAUGAAAUGUUUGUACCAAAUAAUUUUUUCCAUUAAUUUCUAGGUUCUUACUGCAGCUACAGUGUUAUUCUACCCAGGGCUUAUCCUUAUUGACCAUGGUCACUUCCAGUAUCCAACCUGAUGGAAGAUAUUUGAUAUGAAAAAGACAAUGCAUCAAUUUCAAAAUUGUCUUUUUAGGGUGUCCUAUGCCUGACCUUCCAUAAAUUAAUUAAAGAGGGUGCCUGGCCAAUGCAGCAAAAUUUUGUAAAAUUGUUGAAAGAAAAUUGAAAGAAAAGGUUACUGUGCAGUAUAUACUCAGAUUUAAAGACGUGUUUUUUAACUCUUGUAACCCCAACUUAAGUAGGCAUAUUCUCCAUACUGUUCUCUAUACAUAUGUUUGGUUCUAACAAGGAUAAUUUAUUUAACAAUCAAACUUCCAUAGGUUGGUGAUCAUUUUCUUUAUUCUCAUGAUUGUAAUGAAUGAUUGAGCAGUAUUACUGUUGGGAGAAAUUAGAUGCUAGUCACUUUUAGGGUUUUUUAGGAUUAAUGGAAGGGAGGGGAAAAGUUAAAAUUAGAAAAUGACAGUCAAGUAAAAGUACAUAACAUCACUGGAUUGUGUUAUUUUUAAAAAUAUAAAGUUGCCUUAAAAUGCAACUGUUUUUUCCUUAACUGACUGAUUCAGAUAUAAUUCAAUAAGCCUUGGUUUAGCUCUGUGGGGAGUUAUAGGACUGGCUUGUGAUCAUGAUUUGCUGGGCUCAAUUGCUUUUACACUGGCAUUAAACUACAAACAGAUGGAACUUUAUCAUGCUCUCCCUUUUUUUUUCUAUUUAUUAGGGAAAUCAUGGAAACAAAAUUCUUGGUAAGUAUUUUUGUUAAUCACACAAUUAAAGUAAUAUAACUUGAGCUGAACUAGAGUAAGGUUGAAGAUGUUUCAAGUGCAUAUUGAUGAACAGAUUCUAAACAUUCUAACUCUAACAGGGAUUGCUUUAUAUGUAGGUUUUAUUAUUUGUAACAUAUGUUUAUUCACUCUAUGGUGUUUUGCUGUCAACACUGAUCCUGCAACUAAGACUUAAUCUGUUGAUUGUUUACAUAGGUUCUCAAGAAUAUUUAAUAUUGCAAAAAUUGGGAUUGUGGUUGUUUUAACAUUUGUUCUUUGGUAAGUGACAAAUUGCAAUCACCCUUGAAAUAAUUUUUCAUUAAUUCAGUCAUUUUAAUUUAACAAUAAAUUAAUUUUUCAAAUAAUGAAUUUUUGUUUGUACUUUUGUUUGUGAUUGUGAAUUUUCAGUUGGUUACCAUUUUUGACUGGAUUACCAAUGGUUUUACAAGUUCUCCACAGACUUUUUCCAUUUGCCAGAGGUAUCUUUGAGGUAGAUAUCAAAAUUUCAUGUCAUCCAAUAACAAUCUGUAACAGUCAAAUGCAUUGUGUGCAUAUUGAAAGUAUUAAUCAAACUUGUAUUUUUAUCAUUCCUUUACAAGGACAAGGUGGCCAACAUUUGGUGUUCAAUCUCUGUUCUAAUUAAAGUAAAAAAAAUACUCUCACAAACUCAGAUUAUAAGACUCAGGUAAGAAUACAUCAUUCACUCAAUGAUACAUGAAAGAAUUUUCAGGAAUUAGAUUUGUAAAAUAAGUGAUAAGAAAUAGGGGAUGUCAAAAUAUUAACGUUAAGGCUAAUAAACCUAACAAAAUACGCAUUUUUUUCAAUUUUUUAUUUUUAUUUUUAAUCUUCUCUCCAUAUUAUUUAUCCUUCCCUUGCAGCACCUGGUCAACAAUCAUAGCUUGCCUACCAUCCUCACUGAAUUUGCUAAAGAAUCCAAUGAUAGACCGAUUUGUUUUAGCCUUGGUAAGGAUCUAGUUCACCUGAAUGUUAUGAACUAAAUUGCCAAAGGCAGCAGCACAAUUUGUCUUAAAUAUCAUUGUCUUUGCAAUGUGAUCAUCUAAGGUUGACCUUACAUAAGAAUCAAGUAACAUUCCUUCUACCUGAAGAAUACUUCAGACUUUAAAUUGACUCUUGAGUUAAAGUGAUUCCAUAAUGUUUUUCUACCAUCUUAUAAUUUGUCUAUUACUUAAAUUCCAGGUGAAUUCUUCAUUGGCAUUUUUCCUUUUUUCCUAUCAAGUGCAUGAAAAAUCAAUUUUGUUAGCAGCUCUGUAAGUACUGUUCUUUUUAACAAUUAAUCUAGCAAAGGAAGUUUCUUCUGAUUAUGUGUUUCCAUGUUGAGCUAAGGAGUGCUAUGACAGCUUCUGAUCAGAUUGAUUUUAUUCUGUUUGUGACUGUUAUGUGACAACAUAUGACUACAGUAAGACUUAAAUAAUUCAUGUUUCCUUAUUGAUCACUUCAGACCUGUUUGUCUUCUGCUUCACUAUAAACCCUUUGAGUGUGUGUGGUUCUUAGUCAUCUCUACUUUCAGGUUGGUGAUAAAACAUUUUAAGUUUUGCAGUCUGUAAUUAAUGUCUUUCAGUAAAACUUACUGUCAAUUGAAUGUCUCAUUAGUCAGCCUUCAGUCAAUCAUAAUGUAAAAUUAGCUUGUCUUCACCAUAAAAUCUCUACUGUGAAUAGCCCCCCCCCACCUUGAUGUAGGCUUCCUCUAAUUAUCAAGCAAUGGGUGUUUUGGUCAAGGGAGGCUUGACUUAACCCCUCCCCUCCCAGAUGGCUAGGUAGGUACUAACAUCCUCCUGCAAUAUUUUUUCCAUUGCCUUUGGUACCAAGCUGAAUUCUGCAGCUAGAGUCACCCAACACAAUGAUUACUAACAGUAAUUACUAUUAAUAAUUAAUAACUUAUUUUAUUUUCCAGCAUGUGGCCCUUACUACUGAAGGAUGGUUUGUCUCUACCCUAUAUUUCAUGCAUGUUGUUUUUCUACACCAUUGCUUAUCAUGUGUUUGAGCUCAACAAGGUAGAACCACUUAAACAAAGUUUGGUGAGUUGUUCAUUCUGUACAAUCCACACACCAUUAAAAUUGAGCCAGUUACUUCUUGAAGAGCCCAACUAUUGAUAUAUUCUCCAAGGAGAUAGGUGAUAAUGAAAAAGAGGGAACUGAAAAUCAUUCCAUGAUAUAAGGUUUGGUUUUACACCAAAUUUUCAGGGUUAAAAUUUUAUUUAAUGUAUGGUAGACAGUGCUGAGAACUGAUACGAAGGUCAUGGGAAUGAAUGGGUGAAAGUAGUGUUGUAGACUUUCAUUGUGAACUCUGAUAGAGUUACCAAACAGAAUACAUGAUUGAUCAUGGUUAUGAAGAGUUAAACGCAUUACAGCAUUCAAACUGUAGAGACAUCAACAUCUGUACAGUUUAAAUGCUGCACACCUUUAAUUCAUAAUGGUAAUCAAACUCCUGUUUCUUUCCAUAAGAUUUUCUUGUACCCAAUAUUUUUUUAGUUUGUUCUGUCAGUGAUUGGAGCCUUGGGUUUACACAUUGGAUCAGCAGUUGUUCAGCCCCCCAAACGGUACCCAGACCUCUGGCCUGUACUCAUCUCUCUCUAUUCCUGUGCACAUUUCUUAGCUUUUCUGUGUUACUUUAAUUAUAUUCAGUUUACUAUACCAUAUACUUUACGGUCCAUUGUCACAAAAGAAAAGAAAUCCUAGGAACAGAAAUUAUUUCAAAUCAUUAUUUACGGAGAUUACUUCUGCCAAAAAAGUAUUUGAUACUGGUAAAGAUUUAUACCUGAAAUUAAUUUUGACAUGCAAGAAAUGUUUUUCUCAGGAGACUACAACUUGCAAUGCAAUAAUUGAAAACAUCGAAUAGUAUGAAUGAUUUUUGGUAUGGAAUCAACCUGACAUUCAUUGAUGUAAAGAUACACACACCUGUUACUAACAUGUUCAACACUAUUAAAUAAGUUUUUAAAUUGUCAUAAUUUUCUUUAAUAUUACCAGUACUUCCUGAUCAAUGUUCAAUUUUUAUUCUUCAAUUGUCAUGAAAAAUUCUACCUUAAUUAGAGUCUUAAUGAAAACCAUAAAAAUUCUGUCACAUGUUCCAUAGCUGUUGAGAAACUUUUUAAUGAUGAAUUUGUGAAGUGCUGACUGUUGUUGAUCUUGUAGAUGUAGAAAUAAAGGCAUUACAACAUUC